GAAUUGAAGUUCGUUAGCAAGUUAGCAACCGAUUCGGUUAGAUUUUUUUUCCUUUCUUUUGGCGGAGAGAGAGAGAGCGAGCAGACAGAGAUCAGAAAUGAGGAUAGUACCGCUCGGUAUCUCUGCGUCUCCAUAUCCCACCUCAAACCCAAUAACCUAUCAUACGAAAAUCUCUCUCUAUCCCAACAAACUCGCCCUCCCACGCAAGCUCACUCGCUCUGGAGAUGAAUCCUCCCGAUCAUCCUCUCUCUGCAACUCUCCCAAAUCAGGAAGUUGCAGAGCCAGUCAAGCUGUUGAAUUAUUUUCGAGCGUCUGUCCUGAGAUUGUUGUUCGGGAGGCGCGGUUGGAGGAUUGUUGGGAAGUAGCUGAGACGCAUUGUAGUUCCUUCUUCCCGGACUACUCUUUUCCAUUGGAUUUAGUACUGAGGGUCGACAGGCUGGUGGCAAUGCUAUCCGGGUUCUCUAUUCCCAGUGGUUGUAGGAGAUCGUGUCUGGUUGCUGUUGUUGGUGGCUCAGUUGAUGACAGCUUUGCCUUGGGAAGUGAAGAAUUCAAAAUAGGAGAGUUUGAAGGGAAAUUCAGCUUCAACAGGGGAUAUGUUGCUGGAAUAUUAACAGUGGAUACGGUGGCCGAUUUCCUUCCUCGCAAAGGACCACUGCGGCAGAGAAGGACUGGGAUAGCAUACAUAUCCAAUGUUGCAGUUCGUGAGAGGGAUAGGCGCAAGGGAAUAGCCAAGAGACUCAUAGCAAAGGCAGAAGCCCAAGCAAGGAGUUGGGGAUGCCGUGCCAUUGCAUUGCACUGCGACGUAAACAAUCCUGCAGCCACACAGCUGUACAAAGGCCAGGGCUUCAAAUGCAUCAAGGUCCCAGACAAGGCAAACUGGCCUCAACCUAAGACCUCUCCAAAUAUACAGUUCAGUUUCAUGAUGAAGCUCCUUACCACACCAAUCCCUAUUUGAUUCCUUCUGGAUAUAAGAAUCCUUAAAGGAAGAAUUUGGAGUGGGGGAAGGAAAAAAAAAAAAGAAAUGUUGACUCUGUAAAUAUGUAAACAAAUAGAUAUUUUGAUGCGACUCUCAAGGAACUGUAUUUAUUGCAUGUGUAAUAUUCAUUUCUUGCAGCAAA